CGUAAUCAAGAAUAACUUUGUUGUUUCUACUUGAUAAAGUGGUAAACAAAUAUGACGAAGAAAGUACUGAAGAGAAAACGGAAUGAACAAGUUGAAGAAGAAAAUGAGCCGCGACAGCCAGACGAGCCGUCCACCAGGGUUGGGCAUGUAUUACAUACGCCGCCUGACAAAGUGGACGUAAACUAGUUCACGCUUCCCACCACGGACAACGGCACACGGCGGCAACCCAUCCGAGCUGCUCACCGUGCCCAACGUUGCUUGACUUCAGGCCCAAUCUCACCAACGUCGGUUAAUUUUAACCGUAGUUUAACUUUUAGGAAAUACGUAGAAAAGUGCUCGCAAUGCCGAAAUGCCCAACCCUGCCGUCCACUAAAAAGGUGAAAUGGAUCAAUAGACAACGCGUAUUGGUAUUCGCUACUCGAGGUAUCGGUCACAGGCAUCGACAUCUCAUGGACGAUAUGAAAAAGCUGAUGCCUCAUCAUCGUCCAGAGUGCAAGAUGGAACGUAGCAAGAAUUUACGAGUGGUAAAUGAAAUGUGUGAAAUGAAAAAUUGCAACAAGUCUAUCUUGUUUGAAGGUCGAAAGAAGCGAGAUCUUUACAUGUGGCUCGCUAAUGUGCCCAAUGGUCCAAGCGCAAAAUUUCUUGUGGAAAACAUUUACACAAUGGGAGAACUAAAGUUGGCAGGCAACUGCUUGACAGGGUCCCGGCCAUUAUUGUCAUUUGACGAACAUUUCACUACACAUGGACAUUAUAGUCUUUUAAGAGAAUUAUUGACACAAAUCUUUGGUGUGCCGCAUCAUCAUCCUAAGAGUCAGCCUUUCUUCGAUCACGUGUACACGUUCAGCAUCCUAGACAACAGGAUAUGGUUCAGGAACUUUCAAAUUUUGACCGAGGAUGGUGGACUGACCGAAAUAGGACCGCGAUUCGUCUUGAAUCCGGUGAAAAUAUUUGCUCAAAGUUUUGGUGGUGACACUCUGUGGGAAAAUCCUCAUUACGUUUCCCCUGCCAAGUAUCGACAAUCGUUGACGAAGAGCGCUGCUAAUAAAUACAAAAACAGAGUCGAGCAAAAGAUGGCCCAACGGACGAACAAGCCUGAAGAAUCUUACGCACUUAAUCCCACGGAUGAGAUAUUCAAGGGUGAUUCGCAAAAAGUCGGGGAAAUUAGAGAAAAGCUUCAGAGACGUCGUUAGAAGCGCGUCUGUAUACAGACACUUUAAUUUCUUUUAUUAAGAUAACUUUAUUAAAAUACUUUGUACGUUGAAAUCUGCAAGCCUCUUAUUAUCUAGAUGUGAACUGAAUUUUCACUUUGAUAUCUUAUUUCAAGACAUUUAAUUACAUUUAAGGAGGAAUGAGAAGUGUAUAAAAACUUUCGAAAAUAGAAAAUCGUUUGUAAUAAGCUGAGAAACGAUUUCUCGUCAAUACAAUAAAUACUGUACAUCUUUUUGUAUAUAAAAAUCUGUCAAACUCA